UUUUCCUUUCGCUGGAACUGUAGAGAAGACUCGGGCCAGCGGCAGGUGAGAGGCUGUAGCGCGGGAGCGUUGCACGUUCUGAGAAGAGGAGACUUUGUACGGCAGUGUGUGUCCAGCCAUGCCCGCUCAACAGCCCAAAAGCAGCGACGGGCCCCUGGCUCCUGAGAAGGUUGAAGAGCCGGAGCCUGCCGUGAUUACCCCAGCCAUGCUAGAGGAGGAAGAACAGCUUGAGGCUGCUGGGCUUGAGAGGGAGCGGAAGAUGCUAGAAAAGGCUCGCAUGUGUUGGGAUAGGGAGUCUGUGGAUAUUCGGUACCGAAGACUUCAACAUUUGCUUGAAAAAAGCAAUAUCUACUCUAAAUUUUUAUUGACUAAAAUGGAACAGCAACAAUUAGAGGAACAGAAGAAGAAAGAGAAAUUAGAGAGAAAAAAGGAAUCUUCCAAACUUAUUAUGGGUAAAAGUUCCACUGAUGCAAAUGAGGAGAAUCCAGUUAUGAGAAAGAAAAGAGGAAGAGAAGAUGAAUCGUACAAUAUUUCAGAGGUCAUGUCAAAAGAGGAAAUUUUGUCUGUGGCUAAAAAAAAUAAAAAGGAGAAUGAGGAUGAAAGCUCUUCUUCUAAUCUCUGUGUAGAAGAUCUUCAGAAAAACAAAGAUUCAAAUAGUAAAAUUAAAGAUAGGUUGUCACAAACAGUUAGGCAGAAUACUAAAUUCUUCUUUGACCCAGUUCGGAAGUACAAUGGACAGCCGGUACCCUUUCAGCAACCAAAACUCUUUACAGGAGGUGUGAUGCGUUGGUACCAAGUAGAAGGCAUGGAAUGGCUUAGGAUGCUUUGGGAAAAUGGAAUUAAUGGCAUUUUAGCAGAUGAAAUGGGACUGGGAAAGACAGUUCAGUGCAUUGCUACAAUUGCAUUGAUGAUUCAGAGAGGAGUACCUGGACCAUUUCUUGUCUGUGGCCCAUUGUCUACACUUCCUAAUUGGAUGGCUGAAUUCCAAAGAUUUACACCAGAAAUUCCUACUAUGUUGUAUCAUGGGACCCAGCAGGACCGUCGAAAAUUGGUAAAUAAUAUUCACAAACGGAAGGGAACACUGCAGAUUCAUCCUGUGGUAAUCACUUCAUUUGAAAUAGCCAUGAGAGACCGAAAUGCAUUACAGCAUUGCUUUUGGAAAUACUUAAUAGUAGAUGAAGGACAUAGGAUUAAGAACAUGAAGUGCCGUCUAAUCAGGGAGUUAAAACGAUUCAAUGCGGACAACAAACUUCUUUUGACUGGGACUCCCCUGCAAAACAAUUUAUCAGAACUUUGGUCAUUGCUGAACUUUUUGUUACCAGAUGUAUUUGAUGACUUGAAAAGCUUUGAAUCUUGGUUUGAUAUCACUAGUCUUUCUGAAACUGCUGAAGAUAUUAUUGCUAAGGAAAGAGAACAGAAUGUAUUACAUAUGCUGCACCAGAUUCUAACACCUUUCUUACUGAGAAGACUAAAAUCUGAUGUUGCUCUUGAAGUUCCUCCUAAACGAGAAGUAGUCGUUUAUGCACCACUUUCAAAGAAACAAGAGAUCUUUUAUACAGCCAUUGUGAACCGUACAAUUGCAAACAUGUUUGGAUCCAUUGAGAAAGAAACAGUUCAGCUAAGUUCCACUGGACGACCAAAACGACGAACUAGAAAGUUAAUAAACUACAGCGAACUAGAUGAUUCCCCUAAUGAAUUGGAAAAAUUGAUCAGUCAGAUACAGCCAGAGCUAGACCGAGAAAGACCUAUUGUGGAAGUGAAUUUUCCUGUAGAUUCUGAAGUUAAUCUGAAGCUGCAGAAUGUAAUGAUGCUACUUCGUAAAUGCUGUAAUCAUCCAUAUUUGAUUGAGUACCCUAUAGACCCAGUCACACAAGAGUUUAAGGUUGAUGAAGAAUUAGUAACAAAUUCUGGGAAAUUCUUAAUUUUGGAUCGAAUGCUGCCAGAACUAAAAACCAGAGGUCAUAAGGUGCUGCUGUUUUCACAAAUGACAAGAAUGUUGGACAUUUUGAUGGAUUUCUGCCACUUUAGAAAUUUCAAGUUCAGCAGACUUGAUGGAUCCAUGUCUUAUUCAGAGAGAGAAGAAAAUAUGCACAACUUCAACACAGAUCCAGAUGUGUUUAUCUUCUUAGUGAGUACACGAGCUGGUGGCUUGGGCAUUAAUUUGACCGCCGCAGAUACAGUUAUUAUUUAUGAUAGUGAUUGGAACCCUCAGUCUGAUCUUCAGGCCCAGGACAGAUGUCAUAGAAUAGGUCAGACGAAGCCAGUUGUUGUGUAUCGUCUUGUUACAGCAAACACUAUUGAUCAGAAAAUUGUGGAAAGAGCAGCUGCUAAAAGAAAACUGGAAAAGUUGAUCAUCCAUAAAAAUCAUUUCAAAGGUGGUCAAUCUGGAUUAAAUACAUCUAAGAGCUUCUUAGACCCUAAGGAAUUAAUGGAAUUAUUAAAAUCUAGAGAUUAUGAGAGGGAAGUAAAAGGAUCAAGAGAGAAAGUCAUUAGUGAUGAAGAUCUAGAGUUGUUGUUAGAUCGAAGUGACCUUAUUGAUCAAAUGAAUGCCUCAGGACCAAUUAAAGAGAAGAUGGGAAUAUUCAAGAUAUUAGAAAACUCUGAAGAUUCCAGUCCUGAAUGUUUAUUUUAAAUUGGAGCUACAGAAUGUCUUUUUUAAUUUCUUGUUUACAUCUACAGAUUUACCUAUAUUGGUGUUAAAGUCCAGAUUGUCUACUUUACUUUUUGAUUAUUUCAGUUUACAUAAUGUAACACUGCAUAAUUAAUAGAUGGUAAUUUUCUGAGCCUUAUUAAGAAUGAUAUAUUCAAUUUAGAUUUUUGGUUAAUUUUUCUGACUCAGUAGUACCCUUGGGCAUAGCCUCAUGUGUACUAAACCACUGCCAGAUUUAUACAGUCUUCCUGUGGAAGUUUAUGGUCUUUCCCCCUCACUUCCCCUCUUCAGCAGUACGGUUUAUGGGUUUUGGGUACUUCAGUUAUGGAGUAGGCUUUUAAUGGGGGAAAGAUUGGGAUUGUGCUUUCUGUUUAAAUGAGAAAUUGUUUGAUUUUAGAUCUAUUGCUAUAAAAUGGUUCACCAAAUAAAUGUUCAUUAUAAGAUGA